AAACAUGCACUAAUGCAAAUUUAUCAUUGUGCGGUUCGCGCCAAAACAGAUUUCCUUCGCGGGAAUUCCCCUUUUAAUGCUUGCAAGUGUUUUUGUUUCUUGAGCAAUUUUGUAAAACAUACAAAAUGGAAGCAUCUAUAGAAAACUGUUUUAGAGUUUACUUCGUAAACCAUAUUACUGCGAAAUUCCUUCAUGUAUUUACCCAUCCCCUGUAAUACCGUGGUGUUAUUGCCUCCAGUGGAAAGACGAGCAAACAAUAUUUACGCACUGUCACCAGAUAUUACUAAUUUACCAGCAUAGUAAUUGGUCAUUUGGCACUCAUAAAAAAAUGUUUCUUAUAAAAUGUGUUAAUAUGUUUUACAUAGGCUACUUAAUAGUGUUUACUAAACCUUUUUUUUAUUUUAUCUAGAUCAACAGAUCACAAUGGGCUCCUUAUACGAACUUAAAGAGAUUAUUACAUUUCGGACCUAUAAUUGCACUGUGUGUCAUCUUUAUAUGUUAUACCAUGUCAAUUAUAGAUAGUAUGUUAUGGUUACUUCCUACACACAAUGGCAUUGCUGGAAAAUUGAAUGUGCUUGUGCUUACAAUAUGGCUGGCUCUUAUUCUUGGCAACUUUUUUCGAGCAAUUCUUGGAGGACCUGGCUAUGUUCCAAAAAAUUGGGUGCCAAAAGAUAAAAAUGAUACAAAAUACCUUCAGUUUUGUCAAGUUUGCCAAGGGUAUAAACCACCACGUGCUCACCACUGCAGAAAGUGCGAACGCUGUGUUUUAAAGAUGGAUCAUCAUUGCCCAUGGAUUAACAACUGCUGUGGACAUUUUAAUCACACUAACUUUGUUUUGUUUGUGUUUUUCGCUCCAGUUGGCUGCAUGCACGCACUUAUUGUUAUGGUAGCUACAGUAUGGUCCCAGGUUUUUCGAAGGGCAGAGUAUCUGCAGAUUGCAGUACGACCUGUUAACUUUUCCAUUAAUGCUUUCCUUAUGAAUCUGUUUGCCAGUGGCCUGGCAUUUGGUACGAUUGUUGCUGUUGGUAUAUUAUUCUAUUACCAAAUGAAAAAUGUUAUAACAAACUCCACCGGGAUUGAGCAGUGGAUCAUAGAAAAGGCAGAGGACCGGCGAAGAACGGAGGAGGAAGGAACCUUCAAGUAUCCCUACAACUUGGGAAAACUAAAAAACAUUCUUGAAGUUCUGAACUUCAGUUUUAGACCUUAUGGAGAUGGUUAUGUUUGGCCAGUGGCAAAAGGCUGCCAUCAAUUUACUUUAACUAUUGAGCAAAUUAAACAGAAACAUGAAAAGCGAUCGAGAAUGGUCCCUUUUGACAUCAUCAAAUCAUACUCUGGGUGGUGGUUCCCUUGCACACUAGGCAUAUGUACUUGUGCAAGAGUACCCUGCUCAGACGAGCCUCGAAUUGCUGUCUGUCCUGGAGACCGAGUUAUUGUUUCUCGUGGACAGAAGUACUGGCUUUAUGGAAACAAAGUACUGAAAGAUGAAGGAAAACGGAUUCGCGGUUGGUUUCCACGGAAAUGUGGAUUACGUGUGCCUGAACAAAACAGACGCUGUGAAAAUAAUGGUACCCCUGUCAAUUCUUAACACAGAACAUCUACACUUUUUUGUGUUAAGUUUAUAAAUGUGAAUAUAUGAUAUUUCGAUUACUUAUAUGCGCAAAUCCUCUUAAUCGUGAAUUGUAUUGGGCCUUUUAUUUGUGUAGUAAGUUUUAUGCGUGUAUGUUCUUUUGGUUCAAAUCGACCUUUUAUCAAAAGCCAUUAAUAUCUUUCAUUAAAAACCAAAGUACUUGCAGUUUUUAACUAUCUAAAAUACAGUAUUUAGUUAGUGUGUUGUUGACUUUGUUGUAUAGUGGUACUUCAUUUUAUGAUUACACACACAGGGAAAAAUAAAUAUAUACAUAAAUA